GUGUCUGUGACGGUCGAUUCAUCAGCAGCGACGAUUAGAGUGGACGACGAUGGCUGUGGUAUCUCGCGUGAUGAUCUGGUGCUUCUUGGUGAACUUCAAGCAACGUCGAAGCUCCAAUCGAUAACGGAGCUUGAAGCUGGUCCCACAACACUGGGAUUUCGAGGAGAAGCACUCUUCUCAAUCAUGGGCCUCUCCCUGGUCGAGAUUGUGACUCGUCCGAGGGGGUCUGCCAGCACGUACUGCAAGAUUUGUAAGGGUGGAAGAACACUCUCUGUUGGCAUGACAAAGAAGCUGAGAUCAACUGGCACGACAGUUAUUGUUCAAGACAUAUUCUUCAACCAACCAGUCAGGCGACAGCUAGUGGAGAAGAACUUAUCCAAGGAGAUUCAGAGCAUCAGGGACAGAGUUGGUCAUUUGGCGUUCAUGUAUCCACAAGUUUCAUUUAUGGUGUCGGAUGCUGCUAGGAGCAAGGCUCUGCUAUCAUUGUCUGGUGGAAGGUCCGUGGGCUCCAGCAUAAAGGAUGUGUUUGGAGCUGCCAUUUUCGAGUCAAUGAAAGAGAUUGGCUAUCAGAAGGGUGACUUGAGACUGUCUGGCUUCAUCUCACGGCUUGUGCAACACGAGUCCUCAAGAGAUAUACAAUACCUAUACAUUAACAAGCGGCUGGUGAAGAACACUCGAUUUCACAAGUUGAUGAAUUCCAGCUUCACCACAUCGCUCAGCUUGCACUCAGAAGCUGAAACAGGCACCGGGUUAACUGGUUUUCAGGACUUGAUGUUUGUUGUUAACCUAUCAUGCCCACGGUCCUCUUAUGACAUCACGUUCGAGCCUACAAAGACAUAUGUGGAGUUUAAGAACUGGAAGGCUGUUAUGGAGUUUCUUCAAGAGGUCUUGCGUGACGUAUGGCCGUUCAGAAAAUCGCCUUUGGCUGAAACAGGCCCGAUGAUGCAACCCAGGAAGAAGAGAAGUAAAUCAUGGCAAAAAAUUGAUCCCAGUUACCAGCCAAGCCAUCCCAUAACUCUAUCCAGCAAACCAAGCAAGCACACACGUGGUACCAGGCACCUGCUUCCCGUUGAAGGAUCAGGCGAAACCUCAUUUGAAGAAUGUCCCAGCUCAGCGUAUGAAGUCGAUCGGCUGGAUUCCACAGUAAAUCUGCGUUCCAGGGCUUUUCAAGCCAACAUCACAAAGGGAGAGAGCAGAUGUGAAGAGAAUAUCGGCCAAGCUAGGGCGUCCACUUCAAAGCCAUUGCAUAAAUAUCUCGAUAACUCUAUCGAGUGCACGCUUUGGCCCUUAUCUCAGCACGAUUCUUAUCCUGAACUCUCCUCAUUUGCAUCAGCAAGAGACUCGUUACCUACUCCUACAGGAACGAAAGGGAGGCCCAUGGAAGAUCAUGACACAGACUUGCCUGCGUCCAAUCCACUUGACUUGUCCCUGGAUCUACAGCUGCACCCAGAUGGGAUGGACCUAGAGACUUCACGGUGCCUCUUUGGAAGAACAGGCCAGGAUGAUCAACAAUCUCCAGAGCCCAUGCCUAAGCGAAGAAAGAAAGUAUCAUUGGAAGAAAGACGUCAUUCUGAAGGCGAUGGACCUUCACAUUGGUCGUGCAUGCUUGAUCCAGAAAUGGUAUCAGAUGAAUUGUUGCUGGCUGGCAUGGAGCACAUCCAGGACAUUCAGCCACAAAGAUCGAUGAAUGGGCACAGGACCAGCAAUUCAGCCUCGCUGAAGAUUGCGCCUGAUUUUCCUGCUGUUGUCUCGCUCGAGUUCCAAAAAGCGGUCGAGCUCAUUGAUCCGCUUAUUGAAACCCAAACGGGCCCAGCAAGCAAAUCGCAGCAGUGUGCAUCAGGAUUGGACAAGCAGAAGACGUGGGGUCUGGUUGCCUGUGGAGGUGCGUCUGAAACAGCAAAGUCAGCAAGGGAAAACUUUCAAGAGCAUGGCUUCGGCCCUGGAGCUCUGGCAUCGCCUUUGGUUUUGGAGAAUCAGUCAGCUGUGGUGCCACUACUCCUUGAUACACCCUCGGACUUGCCAAUCACAGCAGGGCAAGAAGGGUGCCUGAGCCAAUCUAGGCAUCCAGGAAAAUCUCGCUUCAAGAAACUGGCGGCCUUGCAUCUACACCACCACGGGCAGUUGUGCAAUUGUUGGCAUCAAAAGCUUGUAGGGGUGCCAUCAUGUUUGGAGACAUGCUGA